GAGUUUGCAUGAAGUGUUGGAGUUUCACAGAAAGUAAAGAGCUGCUGUUUCAUCUGUGUUCUGCCUCUUCUUGUCUCCUGUGUGAUAGCGGUCCGGGCAGAUCGCAUGCGUGGGGGGAGGAAUAAAUUUGGCCCCAUGUACAAGAGAGACAGGGCCUUGAAACAGCAGAAAAAGGCUUUGAUUCGAUCCAACGGGUUCAAGCUGGAGACCACGGCCCCCCCGCCGGUCUCCCCUCUACAGACUGACUACAGCUUCACUGGCACCCUACACGCACUGCCCACUAUCUCCAAAAGCCUGCUCCCCUCCACCCCCAGCUCCCUCCCCUCCACGGACUACGAGGCCAGCCUGUAUGGACCCACAUCCCUGGGCAUGGCCAUGCAGUCCCACAUGCCCCUCACCUCACAGUACCAGUACACAGCCUUCCCCAGCAGGGCCAUUAAAGCUGAGUGUCCAGACUACACCAGCUCCCCCGAAUCCCUGACAGGAUACCCCUAUCCAGACGUGUACCCCUCGGCCUCGCCACAGCCCCCCAGCCUGCCACCGUUGGUGCUGGAGUUGCUGCGCUGCGACCCGGACGAGCUGGUGGUGCAGAACAAGAUUGUGGCCCACCUGCAGCAGGAGCAAAGCAGCCGGGGCCGACUGGAGAAGCCCAGCACCUUCAGCCUCAUGUGCCGCAUGGCAGACCAGACCCUGUUCUCUAUCGUGGAGUGGGCCCGGAGCUGCAUUUUCUUCAAAGAGCUGAGGGUGGGAGAUCAAAUGAAGCUGCUGCACAACUGCUGGUCCGAACUUCUGGUCUUGGAUCACAUUUUCAGACAAGUGCAACACGGAAAGGAAGACAGUAUUCUGCUGGUGACCGGCCAAGAGGUAGAAUUAUCGUCCAUCAUGUCCCAGGGUGAGGCCACUCUGUCCAAUCUGGUCCAGAGAGGUCAGGAGCUGGCAGCAAGGCUUCAGACGCUGCAGGUCGAUCGCAGAGAGAUUGCCUGUCUCAAGUUCCUCCUGCUGUUUAACCCCAAUGUAAAGCUACUGGAGAACCAGGUGUUUGUGGAGGGGGUCCAGGAGCAGGUGAACGGGGCUCUGCUGGAGUACACUCUCACCACUUACCCUCAGUUUCAGGAUAAGUUCAGUCAGCUGGUGGUCCGGCUGCCUGAGCUGCGCUCUCUCAGCACGCAGGCCGAGGACUACCUGUGCUACAUGCACCUGAGCGGAGAGGUAACCUGUAACAACCUGCUCAUCGAAAUGCUGCACGCUAAGAGAGCGUGUGUGUGAAGAGGGGGACCACAUGAGACGUACGUCUAAUGAAACUCUGUGUGUGGAAGCAGAAGUGUGUGUGAACAGUCAAAUUUCAUCUACAAAAACUCCCGAGGCUAUGCCUAACUUGGAAGUGAGGAUGUGUUUUAAACUUUAGAAUUUCACCCAUGACUUUUGAUUCUAAAUGUUUUUUUUUCUUCCUUUAGAUGUCCCACACAGCUAUUUUUAAUGUGACUUUUAAAAACUGCGUUUUCUGUUCUGGUUUAAAGGGAUCCAUGAUUAGUUGUAACA